GAAAAGUAGUCACUAUUUUUCUGCCUGUCUGUCCUAUCAGGAGGAUGUGAACGUAUUUGCUGUGGAUUGGCGGGAAGGUGCCAGCCCUGGGCUGACCGGGAAGAACUAUCUCCAGGCUAGGAGGAACUGCAUGACGGUCGGACGGACUGUUGGGAAGUUUGUUCACCAGCUGGGACAACCCGCGAGCAUGAUCCACAUCAUCGGGCACAGUCUGGGCGCUCAUGCCGCGGGGUUCGCCGGGAAGGCUGCAAAGUCGAGAGGACUCAUGGUCGCGCGAAUCUCAGGCUUGGACCCGGCGGGACCGUUGUUCAGACGAGCCCGCCCCGAAAACAGGUUGGACAGAGGUGACGCUACGUUUGUCGACGUCAUCCACACGGAUAUUUUCCUGCUGGGAAAACUGAAGCCGAUCGGACACGUCGACUUCUACCCGAACGAAGGGUGGCUUCAACCAGGAUGUGUAGGGCACUUGGGCUGCAGCCACGGCCGAGCUCACGAGUUCUACACAGAGUCUAUCAGCUCGGGCUGCCGGUUCCUGGCCUACAGCUGUCGGGACUGGGACACUUUCAACUGGAACCGGGGACAAUGUGACAGCUGUUCCCUUGGUCUGUCAGAUGGUGCCUGUUCGGUGAUGGGGUAUCCUGCCAUCAACUACCCGAACUCUCACGGCAGCAUGUACCUGGUGACAAGUACCAACCCUUCUCCGCAUUGUGUCGUAGGAUCCCGUGGCAAACGUGACGCUGAGAACAGUACGAGUACUCAGUGUGUGCAGUCCCUGGGGACAGACAUGCGGCAGGAGGUACGGGACUACAUGGACUCUCUCACCGACACACAGGAGAUGGGGAUGGAGGAGGAUUUCUGCAGUAUGUACUCCGAAAUGGAUGCUGUUGUGGCCAAUAUCACAGCAGACGAGCCCAACUGCGGUCCCGAGGAUACUCCUAUCAUCAUGGAGUACAUAGGAGACGGAAAGUACGACUCUAUAAUGGCCUGGGCGGAGGACAAGUGCCCCGAGAGCAUGCGCACCAGCGGUGGCGCUUCUACUCUCCCAUCAGCACUGCUGAUCAUCGCCCUGCAGUUCAUCGCGGCUGUCGCUGUGUGGCGCUAAUUC